CUCAAAAGAGGCCUAUGGGAAUACCGAGAAUAUCUUAUUUCUGAUUCUCUGCUUUCCUCCGUUCCGUACACUGGUUUUCUGCUAUUGCCAUUUCUGAUAUCUUAACUUUCGGAACCCUAAUCUUCCUUCUUAAAGCUUCACAUAAUUUAUAUUACAAAAUGUAAUGUGAAUCCCCUUGUUUUUAUUAUCAAUGGCGCUGGCUUCCCUUGGACUUGCAUUGAGCUCACACCACACUAUUCGUCUCCCUCUGGUUUUCUGUGUCCGAAAGGUACGACAUAGUGGCUCUGUUGCCGCGGUUGAAUCGGUUGUUGAACCAGUGAGUCUAGUUAAGGAAGAGGGUGAGGGAGGUCAUGUUCCAGUUACUAAACAUGGAGUAGCUGGGAGAGAUAGCAAGGGACAUCAAUGGAAGAAGCUGAGUUCUGAAGAACUUGGGAUUUCGACAAAAUUGAUAUCAAAGCCCACGAAGACCGUUCUAAAUGGGCUACGGAGAAAAGGGUAUGAGGUUUACCUUGUUGGAGGUUGUGUACGAGAUCUUAUUCUGAAGAGAACUCCAAAAGAUUUUGAUGUCAUAACUUCAGCAGGACUUAAAGAGGUGCGGAAAACUUUUUCGCGAUGUGAAAUUGUUGGCAAACGAUUUCCCAUAUGCCAUGUUCAUGUCAAUGACACCAUUGUGGAGGUUUCGAGUUUUAGCACCUCUGGCUCUGGAAGCAAGUCCAGUUGCAAGUUCAGUAAUUAUUUCAGUAAACCGUCUGGCUGCAAUGAGCGUGAUUAUAUUCGCUGGAGGAAUUGCUUACAGCGGGACUUUACUAUUAAUGGGUUGAUGUAUGAUCCAUAUACAAAGAUAGUGUUUGAUUAUAUGGGAGGAAUGGAAGAUAUUAGAAAAGCUAAAGUGCGCACUGUGAUACCUGCAAAUGUUUCUUUUGUGGACGAUUGUGCUCGCAUUUUACGUGCGGUUAGAAUUGCUGCCCGUUUAAGAUUUCGUUUCACUAGAGAGAUUGCUCUUUCAGUAAGAGAAUUAUCUUCCUCGGUGUUAAGACUUGAUAAGGGAAGGAUCCUUAUGGAAAUGAAUUAUAUGCUGGCAUUUGGAUCAGCAGAAGCUUCCUUGAGGUUGUUGUGGAAAUUUGGACUUUUAGAGAUACUUUUGCCCAUCCAAGCAUCUUAUUUUGCUUCGCAAGGUUUCCGGAGACGUGAUGAGAGAUCUAACAUGCUUCUUUCUUUGUUUUCGAACCUUGAUAAACUCGUGGCACCUAAUCAGCCAUGCCAUAGUAGCUUAUGGAUUGCUAUCUUAGCAUUUCAUAAAGCUCUGGUUGAUCAGCCUCGUGACCCGUUGGUUAUUGCUGCAUUUAGUCUUGCUGUCCACAGUGGUGGAUCCUUAUUUGAAGCUGUAGAAAUUGCAAGGAGAAUCUCCCAACCACAUGACCAAAGCUUUGAUGAAUUAUUAGACCCUCGAGAUUUAGACUUCAAUGAUGCAUUGAUUGAUCAUGUUGUUGACCUUGCAGCAUCAGUCAAAGCCGUAUUAUGCAAGAUGACAGAUCCAUGUUAUGUUUCCCAAGCAAUGUCCAAAUAUCCACAAGCACCAUGGUCAGAUCUGGUUUUUAUUCCAUGGGCAUUGUCGCUGAGGGUAUCCAAGAUUUUUGAAUGUGUCAUAAGGGGCAUGGAAAGGGGAUCUGUACCCAGAAGGGGGAAAAACAUUAACUAUGACUCUUUGGCGUUGGGGAGCCUGAAAGAGGUUCGACAUGUGUUUGCAAGGAUUGUUUUUGACACUAUUUACCCUCCUAACCAAAACAGAAAACAUUUUUCUACAUGAAAAUUCUUCUUAUUCAAAUUAUAUUUAUCCCAGUAAUAACCAUUUAAGAGAUU